CUGACGCUUUUGCUUUGCUUUUCUCUCGGUUUUUGCCAAUGAAAAUAAAUAACAGUGCACUUUCACAAUAUUAUUAUUUAAUUUGAGAUUGAACUUCAUCAAGCUAAAUAAAUGAAGCUUUUAAAGCCCAGUUGGGUGAACCACGAUGAUAAACCAAUAUUUUCUAUUGAUAUUCAUCCGGCGGGCAAACGCUUUGCCACCGGCGGCCAGGGCGGCGACUCCGGUAGAGUCGUGGUCUGGAACCUCAACUCGGUGCUGGAUGAGUCGGUGGAGAUGGACCCUAACGUACCCCAAAUGUUGUGCCAAAUGGACAAUCAUUUAGCCUGUGUCAACUGUGUACGAUGGAGCAAUGGUGGUCGGUACUUAGCAUCAGGUGGCGAUGACAGACUCGUCAUGGUGUGGGGACUUAGUGUGGCGGCUGGGGGUGCCGGGAAACACAAGGCUGAGACCUGGAGAUGCUUGUCUACUUUACGAGGACAUGCAGGUGAUGUCCUGGACCUUGCAUGGUCUCCACUUGACAAAUGGCUAGCAAGCUGCAGCGUCGACAACACUAUCAUAAUUUGGAACGCCGAGAAGUUUCCGGAAAUGGUCUGCGUUCUGAAUGGCCAUACGGGCCUCGUAAAAGGUGUUGCUUGGGAUCCAGUUGGAAAAUACCUCGCUUCACAAUCAGAUGACAAAUCUCUAAGAGUUUGGAAGACUGCGGACUGGGCGCAGGAAACGGUGAUCACUGAGCCCUUCGAAGAGUGUGGAGGCACUACCCACGUGCUGCGGCUGUCGUGGUCGCCGGACGGGCAGUACGUGCUGUCUGCGCACGCGAUGAACGGCGGCGGCCCGACCGCCCAGGUUGUGGAGCGCGACGGUUGGCGAUGCGACAAGGACUUCGUGGGCCACAGGAAGGCGGUCACUUGUGCGAGAUUCAACAACAACAUAUUCGUGAAAGAAGGCAAGAAGUGCUGCUGUGCGGCCGUGGGGUCACGUGACCGAACCCUCUCUAUCUGGCUGACUUCGCUCAAGAGGCCGUUAGUGGUCGUCCAUGACCUCUUUGGUGAUUCGGUCCUGGACCUCUCUUGGAGCUCUGAUGGUUUGAAUCUUUUGGCUUGCAGUACAGAUGGUACUGUUGCAUGCUUACAAUUUACUAACAAAGAACUUGGAACUCCACUAUCGAAAGACGAAAAGAACGCGUUUUACGAGAAAAUCUACGGGAAAUGCUUGGCCAAUGAGAGUGGGGGGGAUUUGUCGUCGAACCUCUUGGUGGAGUGCGCGGAGAUCAUGAUGGCGCGCGAGAAACAGGAGGCGAAGAGGGACGCCAAGGAGGAGACCACGCCCAAGGCUGACAGAACACAGUUCCAGUCGCGACCGUCCGCGACCCGGUCGCCGUCGUCGCCGGCCGUGCGGCCGGUGGACCGGCAGAUAGAGACGCGCACUUCGGACGGCAAGCGCCGGAUCACGCCCGUCUUCAUCCCGCUCACGCACGCGGACGCCAACGAAUCCCUGUGUUCGACCCCUGGCGGCACAGAGCAGUGUUUCAGCACCUCGUCACAGAGCAAGUCGCGCAUCCGGGUGGAGGUCAGGGACGACAUCGUCAUACACCCCAACGUUAGCAACCACGCCACGCCGACCAACGCUGAUAACGGGCUGGACAACCGCCUGCGCAAGCGCAGCGCGGCGUCGCUGCCCGGGCCGCGCGCGUCUGAGGUGGCGGGCAAGCGGGCCGCCGGGGCGGGCGGCGCGCGGCCCGGCGGCCCGGCGCCGCCCGCCGCGCCCUGCCUGGCGCCGCCGCCGCUGGGCUCCGCCGGGCCCAUCGUCAGGGCUGCGGGCGCUUACCGGCUGCAGGUAGUAAAUAAGGCUUGCAACACACACUACGGAAGCCUUACAAAACUACAAUUGAUACCUAACAAUUCUAUACUCAACGAUCCCGUGUGGGAGUAUUAUUUAGGCAGCAGCGUGUGCUGCGUGGCCAGCAGCGCGCGCUGGGCGGCCGUGGGCUGCGCGGACGGCGCGCUGCACGCCUGGGCGCUGGCCGGCGCGGGCGCCGCGCGCGCGCUGCCGCCCAUUGCGCUAACAUCGCAAGCGGCGAAGCUGACCAUAUCUGGGGACACUCUGGCGGUGGUGACCGCCGCGGCGGAGCUGGCCGUGUGGGAGCUGGCGGCCGCCGCCUGCCUCGUGCGCCCGCUCAGCUUCAGGAGUCUGCUGGCUGAUGGCGUUACCGUCACGAAUUGCACUUUGUUGGAAGACGGAAAUCCCCUGAUCUCACUAAGUAAUAGUAAAAGUUAUAUCUACAGCAAGAAGUUGUGCGCGUGGGUCAUAUGGGCGGACUCCUGCGACCCCGUCUCCCGAUGCGGCUCUGUCCACACCGCAACACGAACGCCGCGCUCACAGCGACACACCGCGCUUUAUCCGCAGCUAAGGAAUAAUAUCGUGCACAGUAACAACUACAGCGCAGGCGCAGCUCGCAGUUGGCUAGAAGCGCAGGUGUCUUCGUGUCUACAUCUCAGGCUGUCUUCAGACUACAAGCACUGGAUCACCUCCCUCUUCUCACAUCUCGUUAGCCAUGGCACAGAAGAUCAGCUUAGAAAUAUAUUGGACGACAUGCUUGGACCCAGUCAUUGUACAUCGACGCCUAAGAAAUGGCAGUCUACCAUAUUGGGCAUCAAAAAACACGACUUGCUAGAAGACAUGUUGUCACUCCUCGUCCGCCAAUUGCGAUGGCAGAGAAUGUAUUCAGAAUAUUCUGAGCAGCUGAACGACAUCAAACGAACCUCCGCCGGCGUCAUGAACGGCCACUGACGCCGCAUCAAUGUCGGUCUAGUCGCACGUUUCUGACUGAAAUUUUUGCGAGGACAACGCGUUUUCAGUGUUGAUCCUACAGAAGAUAGGUUUGUUAAGAUAUUAAUGUUAUUGAGACCUUGGUAAUUUUUAAAGUACAGUGAGACGGAGAAAAGUAUAAAUAUAUAUCUAGCAUGUAUACAGUAUUUUGUCAUUUUUAUAAUGUACACUGAUGUAAUUUACCUGCGCAGAAGUCUUAUUAUUGAAUGGCGCCAAAAUAUUUGAGCCUAUCAAAGCGCGCCAUUGUGUGCUAUUAUGAGCGAGAUAGCAAGAUUUUAUUAUUGGAUUUUAAGUUUAAUGCAAUUGUAAUAAGGUCGUUAUUUUAUUGAGGCGGUAGGUUGCGUUAUUCUGCGCCGUCGAAGCGACUUAUAAGAAUGGUAGUACUGUAUGUUAGUACAGUUUUAUUGAAGUGAACCGUCGCCUGGUAAUACCAAGUACUGGAUCACCUUUGUAUGUACUCUUUGAUACCGACAAUUGUUAACUUUUCUAUGUGACCCACUGUACUUAUUUUCGGAACGGACAUGUAUUAAUCCUGACUGAUUGAGAAUCGUUUCUAGAAUCGUAAGAAACUUUCAUGUAUAUGAAAAAAAUCACUAGAUAGGUUGUAUUUUUGUCUGCUUAUUGUAGGCCAAUUUAAAA